UACAAGGCCACGUGCACAUACUUUAAAUUGAUGAAGGGUGUAGAUAUUUGUUUGUCCUCAUCUGUGACCUUGUGGCAGGAAGUCCGUCAACUUAAUUCCCAGAAAUCUUGAACACAAUGCCUCGGAGGGGAUCUAGUCCUUCAAGAGUUUCGUCUCGUCCACGUGCAACUAUGCCAGCUCGUGCACCACCAUCUGCCGUUGCACAGCCUCCAGCACAACCUCAACAGCCAGGUUUGAUGGGACAGAUGGCAGCUACAGCCGGGGGUGUGGCUAUUGGUUCAGUUGUUGGUCACGCUAUCACGGGAGCAUUAUCAAGUGGAUCUGGUAGCAAUCCUGCACAACCUGUCCAGACAUCCCCACCUUCAGAUCAAUAUCAAUCUCCAUGUCAAUACCAAGUCGAUGAACUUAUUCGAUGCGCGCAGUCUCAAAGUGAUAUAAGUGCUUGUAGUGGCUUCUCUGAAGCUCUAAAAGAAUGCAGUCGCCAGUACGGAUUAUACCAUUAGAUUAAUUCACGAGUACUAAAAAACUCAAUAGGGUAGAUUCACUGUGACUAGAGUCCGUUUCUGGUUGGAACUGUUUUCAAUUUCGUGUUCAAAAUAGAUUGUCAUAUCGCUA